UCAAACCCUCAUUCUCGGACCGCAUCGGAGCACGCCCCCAUCCUUUCUGUUCCGAUUCAAGGAAAUAAUUACUCCUACCAAAUUGAAAAGAGAAAAAGAAAAAGAAAUACACACACACGCUGUUCCAUUGCAAAAACGAUACUUGAAACCCUAGAUCUCAGCUUCUCAAGAUGGUUUCGGACGCGAGCAAGAAAAGAGACGCGCAGAAGAAGGCGGCGGCGGCAGCUAAGAGAGGAGGUAAGUCAGCUGCAGCAUCGUCUAAAGCUGCCAAGGAAGUUGCCGCGGCGGCAGCGGCAGCCACCACAGCGGCGGAGAAUGGAAGCGCUGAUAGUUUGGCCAAUGGAGUUGGGAUGCUCCAGAUAUCGGAUCGGACUUGUACCGGCGUGCUUUGUUCUCAUCCGCUGUCCAGAGAUAUUCGGAUUGAAUCCUUGUCACUUACAUUCCAUGGACAUGACCUCAUAGUUGACUCUGAACUGGAACUAAAUUAUGGCAGACGUUAUGGUUUGCUAGGAUUGAAUGGCUGUGGGAAAUCUACUCUUCUUGCUGCGAUAGGGUGUCGUGAACUGCCAAUUCCAGAUCAUAUGGAUAUUUACCACCUCACCAGAGAGAUUGAAGCUUCAGACAUAUCUUCACUUGAGGCUGUCAUAAACUGUGAUGAGGAGAGAUUGAAGUUGGAAAAAGAAGCUGAAGCCUUGGCUGGACAGGACGAUGGUGGUGGUGAACAACUUGAGCGUGUUUAUGAACGUUUGGAAGCCAUGGAUGCGGCUACUGCUGAAAAGCGAGCUGCUGAAAUCUUGUUUGGACUUGGUUUCACCAAGAAGAUGCAGGAAAUGAAAACCCGAGACUUUUCUGGUGGCUGGAGAAUGAGGAUCGCUCUAGCAAGGGCUCUGUUCAUGAAUCCAACCAUACUCUUGCUGGAUGAACCCACAAAUCAUCUCGAUUUAGAGGCUUGUGUUUGGUUAGAGGAAACUCUCAAGAAGUUUGACCGCAUAUUGGUUGUGGUCUCUCACUCCCAGGAUUUUCUGAAUGGUGUCUGCACCAACAUCAUCCAUAUGCAAGGUAAGAAGUUGAAGCCUUACACUGGUAAUUAUGAUCAGUAUGUCCAGACUCGAUCCGAACUUGAGGAGAAUCAGAUGAAACAAUAUAAGUGGGAGCAGGAGCAGAUAGCUUCAAUGAAAGAGUACAUAGCUCGCUUUGGACACGGGUCAGCCAAACUAGCUCGUCAGGCACAGAGUAAAGAGAAAACUCUGGCCAAGAUGGAGCGAGGUGGCCUGACAGAGAAGGUGGCGAGGGACAAGGUUUUGGUUUUCCGCUUUACUGAUGUUGGGAAGCUUCCACCUCCUGUCCUACAGUUUGUUGAAGUUUCUUUUGGCUAUACACCUGAUAACCUCAUCUACAAGAAUCUUGAUUUUGGGGUUGACCUUGACUCAAGGGUUGCUCUGGUUGGACCCAAUGGGGCUGGUAAAAGCACAUUGCUUAAGCUGAUGACAGGUGAUUUGGUUCCCCUUGAUGGCAUGGUCCGCCGUCACAACCACUUGAGGAUUGCACAAUUCCACCAGCACUUGGCUGAGAAACUUGAUCUGGAGAUGCCAGCUCUUCAGUUUAUGAUAAAAGAGUACCCUGGCAACGAGGAAGAGAGGAUGAGGGCAGCAAUCGGUAAGUUUGGGCUUUCUGGUAAAGCUCAAGUUAUGCCCAUGAAGAAUUUAUCAGAUGGCCAAAGGAGCAGGGUGAUUUUUGCCUGGUUAGCUUGGAGGCAACCCCACAUGCUGUUGUUGGAUGAGCCCACUAACCAUUUAGAUAUCGAGACAAUUGACUCCUUGGCUGAGGCACUGAAUGAGUGGGACGGUGGCCUUGUACUUGUUAGUCAUGAUUUUAGGCUUAUAAAUCAGGUUGCUCAGGAGAUAUGGGUGUGCGCAGAUCAGACUGUGACUAGAUGGCAGGAUGACAUUAUGAGCUUCAAGGAGCACUUGAGGCAAAAGGCUGGUUUAUCUGACUAAAACAGAUCUUUAAGAGUUGAUCGGUUCUGCAUUCACAAAAUCCUGCUGCUCAGAUGUGAGUAUGACGAAAGAUGGUGGAAGAGCUUGAUCGCUUUAUGUUUUACCAUUUGAAGGACACUUGUAGUGAUUGAUGACUGGAUGAGUCCAUUAGUACUUGACACGAUAGUAUUAUUUUUGAAGCAUCAUAUGUAUUGCUCUCUGUUGUACUUGGUCUAUGGUUUGGAGAGGAUGUAGCGUCGAUUUUGGUUCCAUAUUUUGUUCUUUGGAUUUGUAAUUUUCACUUGAGCUAAUGUUUAGAAUACUAAGCAAAAUAAUAUGUUUAGAAUACUAAGCAAAAUGGUGGUUUUUCUUUCGUA